AAAAAAAAACAUCUGUGCUUUUCAGCUCGGUUCUUCGGAAGUUUUGUGUGCAAUCGUCGCAAUCAAAACACAAAAUGUGGUUCGAAAUUUUGCCAUCGUUCGGAAUCAUUACGGCCGUACUGUCCGUUCCCGGCUUUGCUCUGUACGGCUUGCACAAGCUGAGCCUCGAUAAUGCGUACCGGCGUAAUACGGACGAAAGAUGGGAACGCCUCAUGUACACCAGGGAUAUGCGAUUGACCGGCAACCCGUACAAGUGUAACGGUCUUGAAUCUAUUUCGGAUAAGUAGAAAGUGUCCUGAAUAGUGGAAAGCUGUUUUGCAAAUGUAUCGUUACUGGGUGUAGAGAAUAAAUCGUACGAGAUACCGCA